AUGAAGUUUCAUCCAAGACCCAAGAUUGAAGAAGACCCGACCGAAGACUACGAGCUGCUUGCCGAAGGACUGAAAAGCUGUGCCGAAUUCGCCUCAGUUCCUCAAGCAAGAAGAUCAGAUCGCAUCUCCAUCACUACUGAGGAGUUGCUCGAGAAGAGAAAGAAACUGAAGCUUGGUCCUACGGCAACACGUUCAACAUGGCUGGUAAUAAACGCCAGCUGA